UCUGUGGGCCCGCACACUCUCGCUCGGAGUCCGUGGCGACUGCAGGAUGCCGCUUCCAGACGAAAACGCAAUAAAUGAGUCCACCCUGCGACGGCGGAUUCGUUACUGUAAGCAAGUGGUACUGGCCAUGGGCGCGUCCCUGGGCAUGGCCACCAUGGGCAUGACGGUCACUUGGCCCAACGCGUUACUGAGAGACCUGCGCGUCGACAACACGACGCUCGUGGGCACGCAGCUGCACCUGGCCGACUGGCAGAAGGACCUCAUGGGCAGUGUUGUGUUUGUGGGAUCUCUCCCCGGCCUCUUGGUGGCUGGCUGGGUGCUCGGCCGGCUGGGUCGCCGAAGGAGCAUGGCUCUGGGCGCGGCGCCGGGCCUCCUCGGGUGGGUUCUGGUGGCUCUCGCGGCGAAUGUAUCCAUGUUAACGGUCGGCCGGAUGUUGCAAGGCUUCACCUUAGGGAUGGUGUCUGUAGCAGCCACGACCUACAUCACAGAGCUGCCCGACGCGUCGAUCCGUGGCUUCGCUUGCGUCCUUCCAACCUUGUUCUCCGAAGCGGGAAACCUCUUUGUCGCCAGUCUCUCGCUUGUGCUGCCUUGGCACCACCUGGCCUUUGUCUGCGCCUCCGUCACCGUUCUCUUCAUUGCCAUUACAUUCCUAUUGCCAGAGAGUCCCUCCUAUCUCGUGGUUUGCAAAGAAGAAUCACGAGCUCGCAAAGUCCUCGCCAUGUUGCGAGGUCCUGAUGUCGACGUGGAGGAAGAGCUGAGGAUACUCAAGAAGCAGAAUGAGGGUCUGGUGGGCGACAAUCCCGACUGGCGGUCGCUCCUGAAGGGCGUGGUCGUCCGGCGGGUGCUGGUGGUCGUGGCGCUCUUCCUCAUCCAGAGCUUCAGUGGCCUCAUGGUCUUCGUCUCAAAUGCGUCGAGAAUCCUCCGCUCUGUCGGCUCGGCGAUGGACGAGAGACUUAGCACUAUCGUCGUCUUUGGGGUAGAGCUGCUGGGAUGCGCCUGCUCGUGCUGCCUGCAGGAUCGCAUCGGCCGGCGGAGGUCCGUGGUCCUCUCCCUUGUGGUCAUGGCUGCCGCCCUUGUCGCCAUGGGCACGUACGCCUUCUUGGCCGGCAGCGCGGCGCCGGCGGUCCUGGAGGUGGCGGAUCUGCCGGACCAAAGCCUCAACAUCACCUUCUACCUUCAUGUGCCUCGAGAUGAGGGCGAGCAGCUAAGAGUUGGCGCCGAACCAAGCAUGGGUGUGGGCUUGGCCGGAUGGGAGUGGGUGCCUUUAACGUGCCUGGUCAUAUACAUGUUCAUCAUGUGCCUGGGCAUCCGCACCGUGCCCUACAUCUUGGCAUCGGAAUACUUCCCAACGACCAUCAGGCCUCAAGCCACGAGUGUGUGCAUGACAUUCGCCAGCCUCAUUAUCUUCGUGGCCCUCCAGACGUACAGCCUGCUCCUGGAAGCGCUCACGCAAGCCGGCCUGUACUGGACCUACGGCGCCGUGGCGGCCGGCGGGGCACUCUUCUCCCUUGUCUUCAUAACGGAAACCAGUGGCAAGACCGUCGGCUGAGGUCUGGCGGAGAGACCAUCGGCUGAGGUUUGGCGGAGAGACCGUCGGCUGAGGUUUGGCGGAGAGACCGUCGGCUGAGGUCUGGCGAAGAGACCAUCGGCUGAGGUUUGGCGGAGAGACCGUCGGCUGAGGUUUG